UCUAAAGUAACCUUCAAUAUUGCUCAAUUUUACAAGUUAAGUAAAACAUCAUGGGCAAUGUGUUAGCUUUUUUCAAUAAGAUACGCCAUCAGAAAGAUACCAAAGGAUCCAAUGGAUGGAUUGAUUUGCUAGGUUGUGGGGGCAUACUGAAGAAAGUCAUAAAAGAGGGCCAGCCUAAUACGAAGCCUGAAGACAUGCAGGUAUGUAGAAUUCUGUGUGCGAUGUUCCUGGAUAACGGCACCAAAGUGCACAAAUUAGAAAGGCAAAAAAUAUACAUAGGAGACCUUUCCGAAAUUCCUGGGUUGGACUUUGCCGUCGCCUCCAUGAAUAUACACGAACGUUGUUUGCUGAAGCUAACCCCCAAAUUUGGCUACGGUUCGAAGGGAUUACCCGGUGUGGUGCCCGAAAAUGCCAAUUUGGUGUGCGACGUCAUUUUAAGGAAGGUGGGACCAAAAGUCAAUAUGCAUGAUAUAUCUUCUGCUAGAUUGUUAUUUCUGUGGAUAAAGAAGCGUAAGUACGGCAAUUUCUGGUACAAACAGGGCGAAUAUGAUUUGGCCGGCCAGUGUUACGUGCGCGCCAUGAAAUAUCUGGAAUGUGUCAAGUUGGAGCCGAAGCAGAUGCUACAGAAUAAGACGUUGUAUGACCUGGCAUCCGCACAGGCCAUGAUGGGGUCUUACAACACGGCAAUCGAAGUGAUUGAUACGAUUCUGAGCCGCAAUCCUAACAACGUUAAAGCGUUGGUGAAGAAAGCGCGGAUCUACAAAGUCAUUGGUGAUUAUAGGUCUGCUUUAAACUUAUUGUGGAAGGCCAAGGACAUUGCACCUCACAAGAGGAAGGUCAGAAAAGAAAUAAAUAAUAUUUAUAACAUCAUAGAGAGAAAGAAACUUCAAAAAGCCGUCAAAGAAAUAUUAGCAAUUGCUGCAAGCGUGGUUGCAUAUAAAAUCUCGCGCUACUAUAAGACCGAUCGCUAUUAAAUGAACAAGUUAAGAUGAAUAUUCCCAACGGACAAAUGAUUAUUAAAUGGAAUUGUGAUCAAAUAAGUAUUGAAAAUGUAUUGUUAAAACUUAUUCUUGACAAGCAUAAUUUUUCAUUUGCUAGAUAAAUUUUGAGACUCCAAUAAGAUGUUGGUGUCUUGUAGUAUGUCCUGUUAUCAAUUAUAUUAAAUGCUUUAUUUAAAAUUAUGUCAAAUUGAUAUGUCUGUAAAAUUUUAACUUCUUAAUAAAUAAGUUAUAUGGCUAAUUUACUAAUUGUAAACAAAUUUUAGUUUGUUAUUCACUUAAUAAACAUAAUAUAAUGAUA